AUGUUUAAAUCUAGUAAAUAUCCGGACAUUGAAAUUCCCAGUGUAGGAGUUUAUCAAUAUGUAAUCAGUAAUCCAAAUAAUGUUUCAGACAAUAAAGCCAUAUUUAUUGAUGGGAUUACCGACGAAAGGGUCACUUUUGGUGAACUAAAGAGAGAUUCGAAAAGGUUCGCGGCCGGAUUACAAGAUAUAAUUGGAUUUAAACGUCAUGAUGUGUUGGGAAUCUUCUCUCCUAAUCAAAUUAAUUGUCCCAUAGUUGUUUUUGGAACGUUAGCAGCCGGUGGCACCGUAACAGCAGCCAAUCCAAAGUAUACGGCACGCGAAUUCGCAUCUCAGUUGAUCGAUUCAGGUGCUUCCGUUAUAAUUGUGCAUCCUAAAUUUCUUGACACCGCUAUUAAAGCUGCCAAAGAUGCUAGAAUUCCUGAAUCAAGGAUUUUUUUAUUUGGCAAUAGAGAAGUUCGCGGAUUUCAAUCUUAUAAUUCACUUAUUGGUGAUCGUGAAGCAGAACCUGUUUCAUAUUCGCCGGAUGAAGCUAGGAACACAACUGCAUUUCUGUGCUAUAGCUCUGGAACCACUGGCAAACAAAAAGGCGUUGAAAUUACACAUACCAAUAUUAUAGCUAAUAUGGCACAGAUUUUAUCUUCAGGUUAUUUCAAAACUAGUAAUAUCUUCACAGGAGCAUUGCCAUUUUUCCAUAUCUACGGAUUGACUUUUGUCAUUCUUCUAGUUCCACGUUCGGGUGCUUCCGCGAUCGUCCUUCCUGAAUUCAAUUUGGCGACAUUUUGUCGUUGCAUUCAAAAAUAUAAAGUCAACUUUGUUUACACAGUUCCACCGAUCAUACUUGCAUUAGUUAGAUUCCCCUCGGUUGAAAGUUUGUCAAGUGUGGAGAUAAUAUUUUCUGGUGCAGCUCCCUUAAGUGACGGAUUAAUCGAUGAUUUUUAUAAUCUUUAUAAAAUACCAAUUAGACAAGGAUACGGACUUACUGAAACGUCCGCGUUAUUAACGAUAUGUGAGAAAGACAACAUUGUCUUAGGUUCUUCUGGAGUUCUUCUUCCAAACAUAGAAGCUAAACUACUAUCAGAUGAUGGGCGGGAAUUAGGAUACAAUGAACCAGGCGAAUUAUGUGUUCGUGGACCAAAUAUAGUGAAAGGAUACCUUAAUAAUAAAGAAGCAACAAAUGCGGCAAUUGAUGGUGAUGGAUUUUUCCAUACUGGAGACAUUGUUGUUAUUGAUCGUCAAGGGAAUUGUUUUAUUGUGGACCGUGUCAAAGAAUUAAUUAAAUUCAAGGGAUUUCAAGUUGCUCCAGCUGAGCUCGAAUCAAUUCUACUAUCACAUCCGGCAGUAUUGGAUGCAGCCGUGAUACCAUAUUUUUCUGAAAAGGAAUUAACUGAAUAUCCAACUGCUUGCGUUGUUCUUAAAGCUAAAUACGAAAAAACUCUCAAGCUGGCAAAAGAAAUACAAAAAUUUGUAGAUGAUAAUGUAUCACCACACAAAAAAUUAAGAGGUGGUGUGUUAUUCACUGAUUCCAUACCAAAGAGCGAUUCAGGCAAAAUUUUGAGAAGAGUUUUAAAGGAGAAAUUAAAAAAGGCGACUUCCAAAAGUCGUAAACCUUUGCCACCAAAGAAGAAUCGUUCAGAUUCAAGAGAUUGGUUUGAGAAAUGGUUAGUAGGGUUUACCGAUGGCGCUGGCUCAUUUGUCCUAAAAAGCGUUGGUUCUCAUUUGACUUUAUCUUUUGAGAUAACGCAAAAUGCUCGAAAUUUAAGAAUUCUUCAUUAUAUACGUCGAGAAAUUGGUUGUG